CAACGACAGACAGAACCCGGAAACCCUUAAACCCUGUUUUCAGCCCUUUCCCUCCUCUAUCUUCCACUCUCACCCAUGGAAGAACAGCCCUUGCUGAAACACCUACAACAAGAACCAUAGAGAAUCCAAAAGAGAGAGAGAGAAAAAGAUGCUUGCUUUUGCCAUUCACAAACCUCACGUCAAUUUGAACAAAAAGCUUGCUUUUUUAUCUUCUUUUCACUACUACAUGGGCUCUAAAUUCUUGCUUAAACCCACCACUAGUACUUUUCCUACUCCUUUGCCUCUGUUACCUUCUUCAAAUAAACAACAAUAUCGUACCUUUAAAAGAUUGUCACCUGUUUUUUGUUCUUCAAAACCCACCUCUAAGUUUAGCCGUUCUUUGCUUACUCAAACUAAUGGCCUCCCUUUUUCUCCUCUUUCUGCCCCAGUUUAUGGUUUGGACCCAGAAGUGAAGAAAUCAAAGUUGGAGAUUUUAAGGUUUAAAUUAGCAGAGGUGGGGAUUGAACUAGAUCACUUUGCUCCUGGACAGUACAAUGCCUUAACUUGUCCAAUGUGCAAAGGCGGUGGUUCAAAAGAGAAAUCCUUUUCUCUUUUCAUCAGUGCGGAUGGGGGAAAUGCAUCCUGGAAUUGCUUUCGAGCAAAAUGUGGGUGGAAUGGUGGAACAAAACCCUUUGCAGGUAGCAAGUCUACAUAUGGAACCUCACUCAAACUUUCCAAAGUUAAGGAGAUAAGAGAAAUCACAGAGCAGAGUCUGGAAUUGGAACCGUUAUGCGACGAGCUUGUUUGUUAUUUCAAGGAGCGGUUAAUAUCAGCAGAGACGCUGGCGAGAAAUCAAGUUAUGCAGAAAGGUUAUGGCGACCGUGGCCAGGUUGCUAUUGCUUUCACUUAUCGACGGAAUGGAGUGCUUGUAAGCUGCAAGUAUCGGGACAUCAACAAGAGAUUUUGGCAGGAAAAGGAUACAGAAAAAGUAUUUUACGGGCUAGAUGAUAUAAAGGGAGCAGAUGAAAUCAUCAUUGUUGAAGGUGAAAUGGACAAGCUUGCAAUGGAAGAAGCUGGAUUUCGGAAUUGUGUGAGUGUCCCUGAUGGUGCACCUCCAUCAGUUUCUCCAAAGGAAUUACCACCUAACCAGGAGGACACAAAAUAUCAGUAUCUCUGGAAUUGCAAAGAGUACUUGGAUAAGGUAUCUCGCAUAAUACUUGCCACUGAUGGAGAUCCACCGGGUCAAGCAUUGGCUGAAGAGCUGGCACGCCGCCUUGGAAGGGAAAGAUGCUGGCGAGUCAAAUGGCCAAAGAAAAAUACAGACGAACAUUUCAAGGAUGCAAAUGAGGUUCUCAUGUUUUCGGGGCCACUUGCACUGAGGGAUAUAAUUGAAAAUGCUGAGCUGUACCCUAUACGUGGAUUGUUCCACUUUAGCGAUUACUUCCCUGAGAUUGAUGCGUAUUAUAAUCGUACUCUUGGGUAUGAAUUUGGUGCCUCAACUGGGUGGACAGCUCUAAAUGAAAUAUAUAAUGUUAUGCCAGGAGAGUUGACUUUGGUAACUGGGGUUCCCAAUUCAGGCAAGAGUGAGUGGAUCGAUGCUCUAUUAUGCAAUCUUAAUGAAAGUGUUGGAUGGAAAUUCGCACUUUGCUCCAUGGAGAACAAUGUUCGGCAACAUGCUAGGAAACUGUUGGAGAAACACAUGAAGAAGCCCUUUUUUGAUGCACGUUAUGGAGAAUCUGCUGAACGAAUGAGUGCUGAGGAGUUAGAAGAAGGGAAGCAGUGGUUGAGUGAUACUUUUUAUCUCAUAAGAUGUGAGGACGAUGCACUUCCAAAUAUAAAAUGGGUUCUUGACCUUGCAAGAGCUGCAGUUCUCAGACAUGGGGUCCGUGGACUAGUAAUCGAUCCUUACAAUGAGCUCGAUCAUCAACGCCCUCCUAACAUGACUGAGACUGAGUAUGUUAGUCAGAUGCUUACACUGAUCAAAAGGUUUGCUCAACAUCACGCUUGUCAUGUUUGGUUAGUGGCACAUCCAAGACAGUUGCAAAAUUGGACCGGCCAACCUCCUAAUCUAUAUGAUAUCAGUGGCAGUGCACACUUUGUUAACAAAUGCGACAACGGCAUUGUCAUUCAUCGUAAUAGGAAUCCAAAUGCUGGACCUAUUGAUCAAGUACAGGUUUUGGUCAGGAAGGUUAGAAAUAAGGUAGCUGGAACCAUAGGAGAUGCCUUCCUGUCAUAUAACAGAGUAACUGGUGAAUUCAUGAAUGUUGAUAAAUCAACUGGAAGCGACAAUCAAGGCUUUAAACCACUUAGAAGAUAGCCAAUUAUGUAACUAACAUGAAGAUAAAAAGACUUGUACAUUUUUCACUUGUGAGUUAAUAUAUACAUCAAUGUUAUUUUUUGCAUGAUGAUGUACUUUAAUGAUCUAAUCUUGUAAACUAGGGCUUCAUAUAUCAGGUUUUGAUGCUUUGAUUUAACAA